AUCACAGCAGCAGGUGGCCAUUUGCUAACUGCCGCUUGAAGGCAAAGCUCCCGCCGCCGUCGCGCCUCCUCUCAGCCGCUGUUUCUGAAGGCGAGUCAGCGGCGGGUCAGUAGCGCGGAAAGCACGGAUGUCUGCCCAAGUGGCGCGCCCAGGUCUUCGGUGAGAGGAAAUCACGCGCAGAGCCUCUCUGCCGUCCUCGUCGCGUUCAAUCAGGCCCGCGUCCUCAUUGCCACCCUCCCCCGUACGCAUUCGCCCCGGUUUCUCCUGCGCCCUCCCUUCCUCCCCUCCCCCCUCUCUCACGCACCCCCCGCCUCGUCCCGCCUUUCGCGGCGGCAUCUCUGUCUCCCGCACACACAGCCCAGGCGCUCCGGCUGCACUUCGGCAGCUUCUCAGCGGCUCCUCAGAUGGCAACUCCGGGAGCUGGUUUUUGGUCCUUCGGAGCUGAGGAGGGAUCUGGCGAUCCGGACAACCCAGGGACAGCCAAAGCCUGGUGCCAGGCUGCCCAGAAGUUUACCGGAGGCAUUUCAACCAAACUCUGUGCGCUGCUCUACGGAGAUGGCGACAAGACCACGGCAGCGGGAGCGCCGAAGGCAGACCCUGGUUUGGCCGCCAGAAAGGGGGCUUGUACCUGCAGCAAAAAACCCUGCGCUUGCCAGAAAGGAGAGCUCAACUAUGCUUUCCUGCACGCCUCAGAUCUUCUACCUGCUUCGGACGGGGAAGCAAUCACCUUGACUUUCCUACAAGAUGUGAUGGAUAUUUUGCUUCAGUACCUGGUAAAGAAUUUUGACCGAUCCACUAAAGUGAUUGAUUUCCACUAUCCAAACGAGCUGCUUCAGGCGUAUAACUGGGAAUUGGCGGAUCAGCCCCAAACCUUGGAGGAAAUUCUAUUGACCUGCAGGACGGCGCUGAAAUACGCCAUCAAAACAGGGCAUCCCAGAUAUUUCAAUCAGCUUUCAACUGGAUUGGAUAUGGUUGGAUUAGCUGCAGAUUGGCUAACUUCUACAGCUAACACUAAUAUGUUCACCUAUGAAAUUGCUCCUGUGUUUGUGCUGUUGGAAUAUGUCACAUUAAGAAAAAUGAGAGAAAUAGUUGGUUGGCCAGGAGGUGCUGGUGAUGGAAUCUUUUCACCUGGUGGUGCCAUAUCUAACAUGUAUGCUAUGUUGAUUGCACGUUUCAAGAUGUUCCCAGAAGUCAAAGAGAAAGGAAUGGCAGCUAUUCCAAGGCUGGUUGCCUUCACCUCAGAACAUAGUCAUUUUUCAGUGAAGAAAGGGGCAGCUGCCUUAGGAAUUGGUACUGACAGUGUGAUUUUGAUCAGAUGUGAUGAAAGGGGAAAAAUGAUUCCAUCUGAUCUUGAAAGGCGAAUUGUUGAGGCAAAGCAAAAGGGAUUUGUUCCUUUUCUAGUAAGUGCCACUGCAGGAACUACGGUAUAUGGAGCUUUUGAUCCGCUUAUAGCUAUUGCUGAUAUUUGCAAGAAGUAUAAGAUAUGGAUGCACGUGGAUGGAGCUUGGGGUGGUGGGCUGCUGAUGUCAAGAAAACAUAAAUGGAAAUUAAAUGGCAUUGACAGAGCAAAUUCCGUGACGUGGAACCCACACAAAAUGAUGGGAGUUCCUCUGCAGUGUUCUGCCUUGCUUGUACGCGAAGAGGGGCUGAUGCAAAGCUGCAAUCAAAUGCAUGCUUCUUACCUCUUCCAACAAGAUAAGCAUUAUGAUCUCUCUUAUGAUACUGGAGACAAAGCAUUGCAAUGUGGACGCCACGUUGAUGUCUUUAAACUAUGGCUGAUGUGGCGAGCAAAGGGCACCAUAGGAUUCGAAGCACAUAUUGAUAAAUGCUUGGAUCUUGCAGAAUAUCUAUAUAACAAAAUUAAGAACAGAGAAGGCUAUGAAAUGGUGUUUGAUGGAAAGCCUCAACACACAAAUGUUUGCUUCUGGUACGUGCCUCCCAGUUUACGGAAUACAGAAGAUAAUGAAGAAAGAAUGAACCGUCUUUCAAAGGUGGCACCAAUAAUUAAAGCUCGAAUGAUGGAAUAUGGAACCACGAUGGUCAGCUAUCAGCCCCUGGGAGACAAGGUCAAUUUUUUCCGCAUGGUUAUCUCCAAUCCAGCAGCAGCUCACCAAGACAUUGAUUUUCUGAUUGAAGAAAUAGAACGCCUUGGGCAAGAUUUAUAAUCCUAUAAUCUGCCAGAUCCUUCUGAAGUACCUCUAGGUAGACAAUUAAGUUGUCACAAACUGUGGUGAAUGUAUUUGUAGUUUGUUCCAAAGUGAUUCUCUUUCUAUAUUGUGGCAUCAAAGUAGAGUAGAAUUUAAAAUCAAGAACAUUGCUCCUUUUAAAAAGUUGUCUUCUCCCCUCUGAGUUUGCAAAAACUUGUUUUCCAGGAAGAUAGUAUAUAAAAGGCUGCAUUUUUGCAUAUCAAGCAUACAUAUAUAUGUAUUCACAAUCUCAUCCCUAAGAUCCGUGUGAUUAGUAAAAAUAAUUCCUUUUGUUAAAAAUAGCCAAUAGAACAAUGGUUUCCAAAUGGCCACAGUUUGUGGGGCAGCAUAAAAACAAAAUGCAAAAAUUAAAACUGAGUAACUUUUGUCUUUUUUUUUUACUCUGUUAGAACAGAAUUUCUAAUUUACAUGAUACAUUCAGAUGUACUUAAAUACAUCUAAUUUUACAAAAGAAAUAUAUAAAUAUAUAAAUAUAUAUAUUAAAAAAGAUCCUAUUUUGUAAAAUAUAGAUUUUUUUAUUUUAUAUGGGUUCUAAAAACUGCAGGGACAAAUAAUAAAUAUAAGAAUGAAAUAUUUUAUUUUUCCUUAGAUGAAAUGCAUCAAAUGUUUAACAAUGCUUCUUUUGAGACAUAUACCCACAUAAAUUCUUAAAAAAAAAUGUUUGUUUUACAUGUCCUUUUAUCUUGUAUAUCUCCAGAGUCUAGUACUGCAGAACCUCAAGAGAUAUCUGUAACGUAUAAGAAAACAAACUGAAAAUAGUGAAAUCACAAAAUGCUGCUGUUCCUAAUGAUAUUUCCCAUAUGAUCUAGCUAAGUAGAAGCAAAAUCUUUCCAGAUGCUACCUAGAAAUAAAAUUAGGGUUGCAUUUGGAGCCUUCUCCAAAAAAAAAAAAAAAAAGAGGUGCACUUCAGAUUAAUUAAUUAUACUACAGUAUAAUUCUCAGAGCCAGCAAAUAAAAUAUGAUUUUUUAGGAUAUAAAAAGGCCUUCCAAUCUUCCAUAAGGAAGUUCAAAUAAUAACAAAGAUCCGCAGCAGGUUCUAAGGAAUGGCAGUUGGACUUCUUGUAGAGAUGUGAGUUUGAGAAGACAUCCAGUUCUGUUGAUCUCUGAAGGCAGCACAAGAGUUGGAAAUAAUUUGUACUUGCCACAUGAUAUGUGUAGCUGCUGCUAUGACCACAUUUCCUUUCAGAGGCUGGCUGCUAAUGUCCCAGGGGGUCUAUGUGAUUUUAUGCAUGUUUCCAAAACAUUGAAUCCAUUUAUUUGAAAUUGGUUUCCCACAUCUAAGCUCUUAGACGGUUCCUAACUAUUUAUGUCACUCUUAGAACUGGCCUAGCAUAACAACUAAGAUACUAAAUAUAAAGCAGAAAAUAUCUGUCCUGAAUUAUUUCUAAUUUGUAAAUGAUUCAACCAUGCUACUGGGUUUUAGGCUUAGCCCCUAACAAUUGUAUGGGAAUAUUACUACCAGCUUAUCUUAUAUAAUGUUAAGAAAUUUCAAAAUAUAACAGAGUGCUAUUUUAAUAUAAAUGUGUGAUUAUUAUAAUCAGUAUUCUUUCCACAGUUCAUAUACCUCUCUUAAGAAAACAAAAUGAAGGUCCAUCUAAUUUUUGUGGAUGCAAGAUCAGCCAUAUUUCAAGCAGAUUUCCUUGAUGUGUUGCCCUCCAAAUAUUUGGGACUGCAAUCCCCAUCAGUCUUAGCCAUUAUGGCCAGUGGUUUGAGAUGAUGGAUGCUGCAUUAGAGAACAUCAUGAGGCUAUUGAGUUGGGGAAGGCUAUCUUGGAAGAAAUGAAAUCUGUCAUUCCUCAGUUUCACAUCCUGGAACAGUUUCCAGUUACAACCCUGUCUAAACAUUGGGUUUUAGCUUUAACUAAAAAGCAACAUGGCCACCUGGGUUUGUAAAGCAAUAUUGUUUUACACUCUCUCAAAAUACUUGAAGAUACAAAUGCAAUGUAAUAUGAUUUUAUUGAACACAUAUAACUUUGCGUACUAGUGACUCAUUGUAUACUUGCAAAGUAGGAAAAAAGAGAUAAAACUGUGUCUGUAGUUAUGCUGCCUUUUGAAUGAUCUUGCUAUUUUUUUUCCACCUCAUGCUGAGGGUUGCGCACUUUAGAUUUCAUACAGUGUUGCCAAUUGACAUAUAUUGCUGUAUCAGCUUGUACAAUAUAUUAUGAAUUGUUCUUAUAAGUGUUUGGUAGCAGUAUUGAAUCUAGAUAUUGUAAGAACUUCAUCCUUUCUAGUUUCUCUAUUGCUUAUUUGCUUUUGACCGUGAUUCUAUUUUGGCUGAUUCGUAAAAAUAGUGUUUAAUUCUAGACAUUAAAGCUUAUGUACUGAAGAGUUUAAGAGCUCUUAUAGUGUGAUCUAGACCAGCUUUCCCCAGUCAUGGAUCUCUAUGCAGAUGCCAAUGGACAAUGUAGAACCUCCACACAUAAGAGCAUUCUCCCAAUCAGCUCUAUGUUAUAUUGGAAGGGGGAAGUCAGAUCAUCUUUAUGGAUCAGGAUAUUUGAAUACCUAUCAAACACUGGUGUUAAUGCAAUCUCUCUUCAGAUGGUAAUCAUAUAAAUUCCACUGAAGUGAACAGACCAUUGGGAGGAGCACUUUGAGAUAAUGGAGCAGUUCAAUGGCUAGAUUGCAAGUCACCACAAAUGUUUCUGUUACAAUCAAAUGGAGACAGAAUAGGGGUAGGAGAGAUGGUGGCUUGUAGCUUGGAUUGCCUCCAAUUAUAUUUAGUCUAGAUAAGAGUUUUGGUAUUCAAGUCCAAGAUCUACAAACGGUGUUUUCAUAUGAACAAUUCUAUCAGGAUUUUCUUUUUCAAAUUAAUUCUGUCUGUUGUAUCUGGGGGAAGUCCAUGGCAACCUGUUCUUCCUGUAUUUGAUUAAAGUACUUUAUCUGUGGUGUCAUUCAGAACCCAAAUAAAAGUGUAAAAUGUGA